AUGAUUUGGCCAUCGCAUGCUAUCAUUACUGCUGUGUGGCUGCUAAGCUACGGCUUUGCUUCCCCAGCCCGCGCCCAUGAUGUCUGUGAAGUAAAAGAACACAAGGAAUCAACAGACGUAAUUGCGAUCGAGAACCUGCAAGGCCGAUAUCUCUUUGCUAUGAACUCAAACAGACUCGAUUUCGUCCCCGGACUUUUCGCUCAAAAUGAUCCAGACAUCACCGUGGACCUUCCUGACAACCAGGGUGGCCUGCCUUUAAAAGGUCUGGCUAAUGUCACUGCGGCAUAUAGCAAGCUGCAACAGAUGGUAACAGCUGAGGGUGGCUUUAUGGGAACCCAUCUGGCCACUACGCCCGUCGUGAAAGUUUCCGAAGGAGUUACGGCCCAAGGAACUUGGAUGUCGUUUGGCUUCACCGUCGAAGGACCUGCGUUCAACCACACUGACCCGCCUUACCCGACGCUACCAGUCGUUGGAAGAUACGCGCAUGAUUUUGUCAAAGAGGACGGUGUUUGGAAGUUCAAGCAUUUCAAAUGGAGCAUCUUUGUCAGCUUGCCGCCUUUUGAUUUUAAUCCCGCUACAGCUGGCCCAGGUUGGGCGAACACGCCUAUGGUGCCUGGAAGCAAGUCUACUUCAUGGCCCUUGGAUCCAUUUGAUGUGUAA